UAAAAAAUUUACUGUUUUUCGAGCUGUUAGGAGCUCAAAACCUCUUAGUGUUUGCUGAAGUUGUUAAAAACUAAAAGUUUCCCUUUAAAACCAAAACCAAAGGACAGAAGAGCAAAAACCAUUCGUAAGGUUGCGAAAAAGACAUUUUAAAGAAAAGAAAAUUUAAAAUUUUCAAUAAAAAAAGCUUUAUACACAAUUAGCUGUUGCUGCUAGUUAACUAUUAACUUUAAAAUUUGUUGGUUAAAGUAAAACUUAACUAAAGUUUUAAUAAAUUUUUUCCCCCUUUUUUGGAACGAAUUUUUCUUUUUCUUUUGCGGAUUACGCGUCGCACACGGAUAAAACAAAAAAGCUACUUCAUAGAAUGGUAGAAGGUGACUCUCAAAAUAAAGCAAGUAAUAAUUAUAAUGUAGAGACUGGACUACAACCAAACGAUAAUAAUACAACUACAACAACUGUAGAUAAUCGCUCUAUUUUACAACCUUACGGCUUGGUUACUGACUCUAAAGAUCCCGGCUAUCACAUCAACGAGGCCUAUGAGAAUGAUAAAAAUGACGUAGAAAAAGGCGGUAAUGCUGGCCGUUCUGGCGGCGGCCUUAAGGCCGGCUUUGAACAGGCCAUAGAAAUGUGCGGCUAUGGCAAUUCCAUUAUAUACUAUUGGCCAUUUGUGGUCUGGUUAGUACGAGUGAAGAAAUGA